UUCGAGGCUCUGCUGGACACGGCGGUGGAUGUGGACUCUCUGGAGCUGAACUCCAGAAAUGGAUUAAGGAGGUGGUGAUUCGAUCUGGGAUGAAGUUCAGAUGCGCCAAACUGGGGAAGAGCAGGGAAGAUCAGAGAAAGACCCAACAGAGGGCCUAACGCGAAUACCAAUACGGCCGGCAAACGUUGCAAUUAACGGAGCCAAGAUGUCAGGAACACCGGAGAGGCAGACUUUGGGCCUCCUGCUCCAGGAAAAGAGAGGCAGAUGUGAUGUGGUGGGUCCCCCGGCUGCAGGGGCUUUUCAGGAGCGCCCUUCCAAACCAACCACCUUCCGCAAGUUCUACGAGCGCGGGGAGUUCCCGAUGGCACUGAAGCAUGACACCAAAGGCAACCGCAUUGCAUGGAAGGUGGAGAUUGAGAAGCUGGACUACCACCACUACCUGCCUCUGUUCUUCGAUGGCCUAUGUGAGACGGUUCAUCCGUACGAGUUCUUCGCUCGCCAGGGAGUCCAUGACAUGCUGGAGCACGGAGGCCCCAAGAUCCAGUCCGUCAUUCCCCAGCUCAUCAUCCCCAUCAAGAAUGCUCUGAACACGAGGAACCGCCAGGUGAUCUGCACCACCCUGAAGGUCCUGCAGCAUCUGGUGAUGUCUGGAGACAUGGUGGGAGAGGUUCUGGUGCCCUACUACAGACAGAUCCUCCCCAUUCUCAACAUCUUCAAGAACAUGAACAUCAACUCUGGAGAUGGCAUCGACUACAGCCAGCAGAAGAGAGAGAACAUCGGGGAUCUGAUCCAGGAGACUCUGGAGGUGUUUGAGCGCUACGGAGGAGAGGAUGCUUUCAUAAACAUCAAAUACAUGGUUCCAACCUACGAGUCCUGCAUGAUCAGCUGAGGAGGGGGGUGGGGGGUCCUCCUGACAGUGCACAGACUCUUGACUUUACCCGUUUGUCAGUCCUUCUUUAUCUGCCCCCCAACUCUAUGAUUAAACUCGUAUCUUAUCCCUUUCUUUAUCAUAGCCCUCCCGCAAUCUUAACGUCUCUCCAUCCAUUGUCUUUUUGUUUCCGAACCGAUCUCUCACAGGUCCUUUCUGAAUGUGCAUAUUUAUCACAAUCACUUAUUAAUACAAAUAAAAGCCUGAAAGAACAAAUUUGCCUUGUAAUGAAAUACACCAGUAUGUUUAAUAUAUUAUCCAUGCAUUGUUCAUUUUUUCAUUGCUUUCGUGAUUUAUUUAGCUCGCUGAUGAGGAAUCCU